UCAUCACACUCCACUUGUCUCUUCCCCAACCUUCCACGUUUCGCCUAUGACCCCCUUCCGCACGGAAUAUAUAUUCGCGACGCAUCUUCAUCUCUCUCCUGGAAUCGAAACCGCCCAGCGUGCGUGAUUGCGUUACCUCUCUUCUUCGCCUUCAUUCCCCAAUCAUAAUCAAAACCCUGAUAAAACUCUCCUUCCCAUUUCAUCAUUUACAUUGGUGUUCUUCUCAAGUAAGCAAGAUGUGGGCCCAGCCGUACCGAAAGAGUGACGUGGAGGCCGGCACCAGACCUCUUUAUCCGAUGAUGCUGGAGAGCCCGCAGCUCCGGUGGGCAUUCAUUAGGAAAGUCUAUUCAAUCCUAUCCUUCCAGUUGCUGGCGACAAUCGCAGUUGCCUCCGUCGUGGUUUCUGUCCAUCCGAUUGCGAAUUUCUUUGUUAGUACAGGGACCGGCCUGGCACUCUACAUAGUCCUCAUUAUUACUCCUUUUGUUGCUUUAUGCCCAUUGUACUACUACCACCAGAAGCAUCCGGUGAAUUAUCUUCUUCUUGGGAUUUUUACUAUCUCUCUUUCUUUCGCUGUCGGAUUAACUUGUGCUUUCACCAGCGGGAAGGUUAUUCUGGAAUCAGUUAUUUUGACAACUGUAGUGGUCCUGAGUCUUACUCUAUACACAUUCUGGGCAGCAAGGAGAGGCCAUGAUUUCAACUUUCUUGGCCCGUUUUUGUUUGGUGCUGUCCUUGUUCUCAUGGUGUUUGCUUUGAUCCAGAUUCUUUUUCCGUUGGGCAGAAUUUCUGUCAUGAUCUAUGGGUGUCUGGCUUCAAUAAUCUUCUGUGGGUACAUUAUAUACGACACGGACAACUUAAUCAAGCGUUACUCAUAUGACGAGUACAUUUGGGCUUCUGUGAGUUUGUAUUUGGAUGUCAUUAAUCUCUUCCUCUCGUUGCUCACCCUAUUCAGGGCUGCUGAGAGCUAAGAUUAUUGUACAAGUUCUGUGCGUGUUAUCCGUUAUUAGGAGAGAUUAUUAUCAAUUUGUAAAUGCGACGAUAAGUUUCCUCCCUCCCAGCGGAACCUUGUAACUUUGAAAGAAGUGCCAAAGUUCUGAGAAAUUCUGUUGAUUGUAUUAUAAAUAGUUGGCAGCUGAAUUUACACUUGCACUAUAAUUUAUAAUUUAUACGAUUUAAUCAAGUAAAAUUUCAAUUUCAAUUUCAAU